AUGGUGCUGCCCCCGCGAGGUCCUCCUCAGAUGUUGCAUCCGCACGUGCCGAAAACAGAAGAGCCUCACCGACUCCUCCAGGACGAAAGCUCCGUUUCAUUGCUCGCAGACAACAUUGCGGAUGCACUCAUCGCGCAGGUCAAGCUGCAGCUGGACAAGAUGCGAGCGCUCGUUGCCAACGGCACUGAGCCAACUGUCGCACCUCCGCUUGCAGAGCACCUGCCUAGUCCAAGAUGGACGGCAGGCACUCUAGGCGUGGUCGGCGGCCACCGAGCGAGUCUGUACCGAAGCAGCUCGAAGGGCCCCCCGGAGUUCUAUCCAAUCAGUGAAGAAAGCCAGUGUUGCCCCGAGGAGGCAAGCGGUGUUUCCAGUGCUUCGCGCCACGAUCCCGACCUGAACAUGUACGACUUGAACAUUAACCCUGACCUUUCCCAGUCAGACUUCUCCGAAAGAGACGUGAACAGCAGGCUUCAGAAGGGUGCCUCGAAAUGCAGCACGCCGAGCAAGCGGAGCGAGAAUCGCUUUGACCCAGCAAGAGCGCGGAAGCUGGCAAAAGCUGCCAUGACUUUACGCGAAUCACCGCUGGAGAGUGAGAUUCACAACCUCGGAGGAGGAGGGGCUUUGGAGAACUUGGCAGAGAACCUGGCAGACAUUCUGCCCAUGAGGAGAAGCACCCUCACCAGUCGGCACGACACCGUCAUUCCGACCACACAAGCCGGACGGAAGACCGUACAGGUUUUGCCGAACUCGGUGUCAGGUGCUUGGCGCAGACAAGCUAAAGUUCUGGCCGCGCAAAUGAGAGAGGAGAUGGCCGAGGAGGUGAAGAUGGCGAAAAACAAUAUGUCCUUUCGUGGCGGCCUGUGGUGGUUGCGUCAACUGGUGGGGCUUCGGACCCUGACGAAGCCAAGACAGGCAAGGUACAUCAGCCUCAUUGUCGCCUCUCUAACUCUUGCUGCGUUCAGCUUCAGCUUCUACUGGGAGGGCUCCGAGGUCUUCAUCGCAAGAAACCUGCUGGAUGCGGCCGUGGUUGCAAGUGCUGUCAUUGGCUUGCUUAUACACCACUUCUGCUCCAAGCUUUCCGAGAACUGUCUAUCUGCAGGAGAGCAAGACGGCCUCCUCCAAGCGCACUCUGUAGCCUUUGGAUACACACAACCCUGGCUGGUAAUAUCCCGUGAUCACGGCAAUCACCUGCUUCUUUUGUGGAUAUGCUGCGUGCUUUCCAGGGUUACCACAAAGAUCUACGAGACCCGAUCUGUGGAAUCCUACCUGCGUGUGCAAACGGUCGCAACAGGUGUGAUUGCGUAUAUUCUGGCUUCUGGUAUCAUUUGUGCGCUUUGCAUGCGGGUGGGUCACAUCUGCAGCGCCAUGCGAACGAGCAUGAUUCAAUACAUGCAAGAGUUGUCCAGCGAGGACGUUUCUUUCGAAGGCAUGGCUCAGGAGUGGAACACCAUCCAAAUCUUCGUGAGAACGUUGUGUGACGGAUGUUCGUAUUCCUUGGCUCUCCAAGUUGGUAUGAUUCCAGUUAUGGCUGCCAGCACCAUCUUCCGGAUACUGUGGAGCGAUAGCAACAUGGUGGACAUGCUGUUCAGCCUGCUGCCCUUUCUUGCAACGUCGCUGAUGCCGUUUCAUGCGCUGGUAACUGCGGCGAGUACGACUCAGCAGUGCGAACAGUCGCCACAAGUGGCCAAUUCAAUGCUUGUCAGCGAGUGGGACAACUCGAUGUCACAGGACCUUUUGGCCUUCAUGUCACGCUGCGACAUCGGUUUUUUCAUCAAUGAUUUACGGGUGACGCCUGCAGCAGUCAUGAAGAGCACCUACGUCCUGGUGGGAGUCCUGGUGACCAUCGUGUCUUCGUCCGCAGACCGGUACAGGAGUAUCCUCACCCUGCAGGGCUUAGACUUCAAGGGCCGAGAACGAAAGGCUUUGCACCCCCUUUCGUACUGGUUCUUGGCUGUGAGUGGGGGGAGAAGGCGGUCCAUGGAGAAGGAGGUGAAGCCAGAUGACCUCGAUGACACCGAGCGCUUGCCGAAGGAGUCUGAGGCCUGGCCUCAGCUUUUCCCACCGGCCAACACCAGCGCGCAGGCGCGCCACGACGCGGAGAAAGCCGCCGCUGUGGCCAUGCAGGCCGGAGACUUCACCGGCGCCAUCAACGUCUACACGGAGGCCAUGCGAAGUGGUGGCUCCAACCCGCAGAUGCUCUGCACCCGCUCAGCACUCUUGCUGAAGAUGAAGCGGCCCUGUGCAGCGAUCCGGGACUGCACUGCAGCAUUGAAAAUCAACAACCACAUGGUGAAGGCAUACCGCCUUCGCGGUAUGGCGCAUCGUCGUCUCGGACACUGGAAGAAGGCGUACCGGGACUUGACGGAGGCAGGAUUCUGGUUCGUCUCUUUGUCUUCGCUUGAGUAG